AUGAACUUCAGGGUCUUUGAGGACGUCCCAAUUACACCUGUCCCAGACCACGGAUCAUCAGACCACGGAUCAUCAGACCACGGACCAUCAGACCACAGACAUCAGACCACGGACCAUCAGAUCACGGACCAUCAGACCCUGGACCAUCAGCUCACGGACCAUCAGACCAUGGAUCAUCAGACCAUGGAUCAUCAGACCACGGACCAUCAGACCACAGACAUCAGACCACGGACCAUCAGAUCACGGACCAUCAGACCCUGGACCAUCAGCUCACGGACCAUCAGACCACGGAUCAUCAGACCACGGAUCAUCAGACCACGGACCAUCAGACCACAGACAUCAGACCACGGACCAUCAGAUCACGGACCAUCAGACCCUGGACCAUCAGCUCACGGACCAUCAGACCAUGGAUCAUCAGACCAUGGAUCAUCGAACCACGGACCGUCAGACCACGGACCAUCACACCACAGAUCAUCAGACCACAGAGUGUUUUUCUUAUGA